AUUCGUUUAGCCGAAUCCAAUUAGAAUAAAAAAGCUGUCGUUGCGAAAGUCAAUCACUGAAGCGAGACUAUAAAUGAGGCGGCUAAAGUGUCGCUCGAAUUCAGUUAGUCAGUUCGACAACGCAUGUGAAUCUAUUAGCAGAACAGAUACCAAGUAGAUUUCGAUAAUCUUACGGAAUGUUAAUUCGAAGCGUGUUGUUGGUGGCCACAGCGGUUUGCUUGGUAUGCGACGCGGUAAGCGGAGAUACAAAGCCCGAAAAACUCACAAGCUUUCGUCCCAUCUCACAGGCCGAAUAUGAGGCCAUACUCAACCUAUCCGAAGGUAAGACGGUUAUAUCGGAAGGUCGUCUCAUAAAUAGCGGCCUCGCGGCGUUGGCCGGUCUGACAAUGGACUGGGUUACAAGUUUGGGUUUCCCCAACAUCUUAGGUUCCGUUAGCCCGGCGCAAAAACCACCAAGCGGCAGUUAUCCACUUUGUGUCAUUAGAACAGAAGAUGCGCCAGGGAGCGAGCAUCAUCACGUGUAUCAGGGCCGCCAUAUACAUCAUGCGUAUCACAACCGACAAGGCCGCUCAGAUGACAAUGAGAGUCAAGAAAGUGCGGAGGAAGUGCAUCUACAGCAUCAUGAAGGUCACUCGAAUGUUGACCACAGCGAAGAACAUACUAGCAGUAUUGAAAUGGUGGGAAAUAAGAACAAGUGGGCGCCGGUCGUGAAUUGUAUUGUUGUGCUGAAAGAAAAUGAACAACAUGUUGAUGAAGACGAUCAUCACUAUCAUCACACAACAACUAAGCGACCGAAACGAAAGCGCAGGAAACAUAGACCAUACACGGUAUUACUGCCAGUGACCCCACCUAUUUUACCAGCAUAUCAACCAGCAUUACCAUAUCCACAUCAACCUCAACCUCAAGUACCUACAUACUCGGCAUCGCAAAGUCCAUACUCGGCUGCAUCGCCUUACGGUACUUAUAACAAUCCCUGGUAUUGGCAAACAGCUCACUAUAAUCCGUAUUACAGUGAGCCGACAACUUUUACCUCUAUUUAUCCACCUGCCUAUUCGGAUAUUUAUACAACAAAUAGGCCAGGCCCUUAUACUCACACUUACCCAGGCGCCUAUUCUGGCUCUUUUGCCUCCUCUCCUGCAGGCAAUAAUCCUGGUCCUUCUUACGACGCCCCUCCAAGCGCCUAUCCAGAUCCUCCCCCAAGCGAUUCUUACGACCCUCAGCCAAGCAGCUAUACAAGCCAUUAUUCCAAUCAGGAGGUCGCUUUAAAUCGCAAUAGUCCUUCACCAAACUCUGAAUCCAGCUACAUAUAUGGUCCAACAUCUAACGGUGGCGGUGUUGCGGUAAUUGGCCGAGAACACUACACAAAAUAUUACGAUGAACGCAGUAGGGAGAAUCAGAAUUCUUCUGCCAAGUCGAAAAAAUCAGCUUCAGCUUCAAAGGGGUCAACAAUUACCAAAACACAGAGAUCGAAGGGAAUCGCCAAAACACGACCACCAAAUGAUAGCAUAGACUCUGGGUUUGCACCAACCAAAGUUCCAAUUAGAGGAAGGCAUACGAAAGUGAAACGAGAUGAGAGCGGCAUACAAACCCGUUCAUAUGCGAAGAUCGCAAGUUACUCGGAAAGCGGUUACCAGCCCACGCUGUAUCCACAAUUUAACUAUCAGUCCAACUAUCCGAAGGUUUCAUACAACCACGCGCUACCCUACACAGCCCCUGUUUACGUGAGAAAUAGCAUUGAACAGCAGUCUGUAGCGACGAACACGAAGCCCGUUCACACGACAGUCGGGUCUACGUAACCGAAACAGAUUCGGAUUUUUAUCCGGUCAAGGACUGUCAACACGGCAGAACUCUGACGCUACAUAUAUACAAAUAUAAUUUAUUGAAUAAAUUUAAAUAAAUACUUUCCUAUAAUAACUAAAUUUCUGAAUAUUAUAAAAGCUUAUGCAUAUUAACAAUACGAAUAAGUGGCAGCGC